AUAUAUCAUUUCUAUAACUCUGUUUCUAAUGAACAGCUCAACAGUCCGGUCAGUCACCCAUGUCAUUAGCAUCAGAUGCCUCUUCACCGAGGUCAUACGUGUCCCCUAGGGUCAGCACACCUCAGACCAACGCUGUCUCUAAACCCCUCCUCAGCUCUGCAUCUCUCUCUUCACAACCAAAGGUCAGUGCAUCAAUUCAGAGACCAGGAUCAUCUUCCCAGCAGUCCGUCAACUCUGACAAACCUCUGGAAUUUAUUGAUCCCCGUCUUCACAGGCAAAUUCAAGAGGGCUUGUCGGGCUCUAAUUGCAGUACGGGCAUCCGCGUUAUCGCCUCAAGCAGCACCUCUCGAACCCAAAGCACUUUCACUCCUUCUCUAGCAUUGCACUUUGAUGAAAAUCUCAUCAAGCAUGUUCAAGGCUGGCCUGCAGAACAUGUGGAGAAGCAGGUGUCACGGUUACGUGAGGAUAUCCACAAUAUGGGAACCCUCUACAUGUCAGAGAUCUGCACCGAACUUAAGAACCUUCGUUCUUUAGUGCGAGUAUGUGAAAUCCAGGCCACAUUGAGAGAGCAAAGGAUUCUGUUUCUGAGACAGCAGAUCAAAGAACUUGACAAACUGAAAAACCAGAAUUCCUUCAUGGUUUGAGAGGUGACUGUGGAGUUCAUGGCAGUCUCUCUCCAAACAUGUCCAGCCCCUGGUUGUUUGGACCGCUGCUCUCAGUCCAAGCUCUCAGAUUCGCAGUCAAACUGUAGGCUGCAAUGCCUGAAAUGGGACAGAGAGAAAGGAAGCUUAUAAAAUGCUUAUCAAGGCAACACGAGGCCCUGAGAUGAUAGAUUAUUUUCACUGUCCUUUGACAUACAUUGCUUCUCUAUUUUCAAAUCCACAGGUGAUUAUAGACCUAUUCAGAGAGCGCUCUCCAACUCAGACUAACCUUUGAGGAAUCAUGCAGUCGAUCUGGUGAUUCAUGUGCUGGUUUUUCAGGGUUAUACCCGUGUUAACAGAUCAUAAACUUUACUGUCACACUGGAGACCUAAUAUCCCCUUGUCCUCCAGUGACUGACGGUGAUCAUGAAUGAUGUCAGAAGGGCUACAUGUGCACAAGGACGCUUCCAGCUGCGCAGGCAUCUAUCAAAGUGACCAACUAAAAUAAACCCAAUAUGCUUAGUGCUCAUUCUCAAAAGUUAGGUAUGACUGGCUGAUUCUCUGCCCCUCAGAAGGAUUACAUAGGAUGCAUAAGUGAUCUUCUUUAAUUCACAGCAGAAAAAUAAAUGAAUGGUAAAGAUUUCUGAAUAGGUAACGUGGCACUUAAAAGCUUUUGCCGAAGUGGUAGACGCACAUUUUCUGAGUUUCUGGCCCUGACGGGGUUGUCACUAUCUGCCUUCAAUGUUUUUUGAUCUUUGCAGUGCUGUUACACAUCUAACAGAUUAUUUUUCAUGCUGCACCCCAGAACUGUUUGACUUUUUUUGUAUUAAUAUUCUUUUGAUUUGUUUGUAUUUGCUCAGUUGUUCUUUACUCAAAGAGUUGUUAAAGGAACACUCCACUAUUUUUGAAAAUAGGCUCAUUUUCCAACUCACUUAGAGUUAAA